AAACUACAAAUUGUGAUCUCUUCUUCUUUUCUUCGUAACAAAGUUUCAUUGUUAAGAGAUCUGAAAUUGAUUUUUGUUUCUUCACAAAGUUGUGAUCUUUGUGAUAUCACUCGAGAGAUAAGUUUUUUUGUGGGUAACCAUGGCUGGUCGCUACGAUCGGAACCCUUUCGCCGAACAAGAUGAAGUCAAUCCUUUUGCUAAUCCUGGGAGUGUUCCUGCUGCUUCGAAUUCCAGAUUAUCACCUUUGCCUCCGGAACCUGCUGGUUUUGGUUAUGGUCGUACCGUUGACAUUCCUCUUGAUAGACCGGGCUCUGGUACACAGGAUUUGAAGAAGAAAGAAAAGGAGCUUCAAGCCAAAGAAGCUGAUCUUAGACGACGAGAGCAGGAUGUGAAGCGGAAAGAAGAUGCUGCUGCACGAGCCGGAAUUGUUAUCGAGGCGAAAAACUGGCCACCCUUCUUCCCACUUAUCCACCAUGACAUUGCCAAUGAAAUUCCGGUUCGUCUUCAAAGGCUACAGUAUAUUGCAUUUGCAACAUAUCUGGGGUUGGUUCUUGCACUUUUCUGGAAUAUCAUCGCCGUUACUACAGCUUGGAUCAAAGGAGAAGGAGUAACAAUUUGGCUUCUCGCCGUUAUUUACUUCAUAUCGGGUGUCCCGGGAGGCUAUGUGUUAUGGUAUCGGCCUCUCUACCGUGCCUUCAGAAAUGAUAGUGCAUUCAGCUUUGGAUGGUUUUUCUUGUUCUACAUGCUCCACAUACUUUUCUGCGUCUUUGCUGCAGUUGCUCCUCCUAUUGUCUUCAAAGGAAAAUCACUUGCGGGCAUACUACCUGCUAUAGAUGUGUUGAGCGCUCAAGCACUGGUCGGGAUCUUCUACUUCAUCGGGUUUGGGUUAUUCUGCCUUGAAUCAGUGGUCAGCAUCUGGGUCAUUCAGCAAGUAUACAUGUACUUCAGAGGAAGCGGGAAAGCGGAUGAGUUGAGACGGGAUGCUGCAAGAGGAGCCAUGAGAGCUGCCAUAUGAUGCAAAUCUAAUUGAAAUCAUCUCUUCUGAAGCAUUGUUUUUUUUUUUUCUUGAGCUUUUUUUUUUUUUGUGUUUUCGUCAGCUGUUCGUAAAAGUAGUGAAAGUAAAGCUCAUGUAUAAAAAUGUGUUUUGAGUUCAGAUUUGAUAAACAAAUGCAGACUAGUCAUUGCUUAUUGAUACUUGUUAUAUAUGACUCAAAAAUAUAUCGCGAGUCUUGUUACUAAUUGCUAUGAAUCGUGUUAUCCACCUAA